AUGCGGAGUGCUGGCGAUCAUGACCGCCGUGGCCUGCACGCGGCCAUGGCAGCGAUCUGCAGGCGACUGGCGACUGCUGGCGCCAUUGCUGGAGUCUUCCGCUUUGGACGCUGGGCGCAUGGAGAGCAGAGCAGCGGCGCCUCCUCCUCACAGCCCCCCAGAGCAGCGGCGCCUCCUCCUCACAGCCCCCCAGAGCAGCGGCGCCUCCUCCUCACAGCCCCCCAGAGCAGCGGCGCCUCCUCCUCACAGCCCCCCAGAGCAGCGGCGCCUCCUCCUCACAGCCCCCUAGAGCAGCGGCGCCUCCUCCUCACAGCCCCCCAGAGCAGCGGCGCCUCCUCCUCACAGCCCCCCCAGAGCAUGGGCGCCUCGUCCUCACAGCCCCCCCAGAGCAUGGGCGCCUCCUCCUCACAGCCCCCUAGAGCAGCGGCGCCUCCUCCUCACAGCCCCCCAGAGCAGCGGCGCCUCCUCCUCACAGCCCCCCAGAGCAGCGGCGCCUCCUCCUCACAGCCCCCCAGAGCAGCGGCGCCUCCUCCUCACAGCCCCCCAGAGCAGCGGCGCCUCCUCCUCACAGCCCCCCCAGAGCAGUGGCGCCUCCUCCUCACAGCCCCCCAGAGCAUGGGCGCCUCCUCCUCACAGCCCCCUAGAGCAGCGGCGCCUCCUCCUCACAGCCCCCCAGAGCAGCGGCGCCUCCUCCUCACAGCCCCCCAGAGCAGCGGCGCCUCCUCCUCACAGCCCCCCAGAGCAGCGGCGCCUCCUCCUCACAGCCCCCUAGAGCAGCGGCGCCUCCUCCUCACAGCACCCCAGAGCAGCGGCGCCUCCUCCUCACAGCCCCCCAGAGCAUGGGCGCCUCCUCCUCACAGCCCCCCCAGAGCAGUGGCGCCUCCUCCUCACAGCCCCCCAGAGCAGCGGCGCCUCCUCCUCACAGCCCCCCAGAGCAGCGGCGCCUCCUCCUCACAGCCCCCCAGAGCAGCGGCGCCUCCUCCUCACAGCCCCCUAGAGCAGCGGCGCCUCCUCCUCACAGCCCCCCAGAGCAGUGGCGCCUCCUCCUCACAGCCCCCCAGAGCAUGGGCGCCUCCUCCUCACAGCCCCCCAGAGCAGCGGCGCCUCCUCCUCACAGCCCCCCAGAGCAGCGGCGCCUCCUCCUCACAGCCCCCCAGAGCAUGGCCGCCUCCUCCUCACAGCCCCCCAAAGCAUCGGCGCCUCCUCCUCACAGCCCCCUAG